CUUCCACUUGAUUGCAAAAAUGCUAUUGACGCCGAUGCGGUCAUUGAUAGGAUACAUCCAUUGAAGGAUGUCGAUGGGUUAACACGAGAGAAUGCUGGACGCCUGAUGCGUGGUGAAUUGAAGCGAACGAUUUUCCCAUGUACUCCUUACGGAUGCUUGUAUCUUGUUCAGAAAGCUACAGGAGAUGACAACUAUGUCUGUGGCAAGAAUGUGGUUGUGCUGGGACGGUCGAAGAUUGUUGGCUCACCUGCGGCUGCGUUGUUCUUGUGGCAUCACGGAACGGUCACCAUCUGUCAUUCAAAAACGCGAGAUAUAAAGGAGCAAUGCUUGAAGGCAGAUAUUCUGGUGGUGGCCAUUGGAAAGAAACAUUUCGUCAAAGGUGACUGGAUCAAACCAGGAGCAGUAGUGAUUGAUUGUGGCAUCAAUGUCGAGGAGGCAACUGAACCAGGGAAGAAGAACAAACUCUUCGGUGAUGUCGAUUUUGAGGAAGCAAAGAAGGUCGCCAGCUUCAUUACCCCUGUACCAGGAGGUGUUGGUCCAAUGACGGUCGCUAUGCUGAUAAGAAACACCUAUGAACAAGCUGUAGCAAGAAGAUUACAGCAGAAUGGCAAAACUGAAUCGUUGAAUUCGCAGAUGAGACAGGCUGCUGUUUGA